AUGAAAAUGGUCUCCGUUGACAAUCAGAAUUCAGAAGAAAUACUGAAAGAACUGUGUGCGUGCAAUGGUUUCAACUAUGAGAAGAUUGCACAAGAAGGACCAGCAACUAAAACACUUGAAAUGUUCUUCUCUGGUUACCCCGAAAUGGUUGGACUGUCUUAUUUUCCGAAUCUUACAAACCUGACAUUAGUUGGACAAAAUAUAGAAAAACAUCGCUGGUCUAGAAUCAUGUCCACUGCUUCAGAAACUUUGGAUUACAGAGUGUCAUUUAACAAAAAUUGAAGGUCUAGAAACGUGCCUUAAUUUGAAAAGGCUCUUCCUUUAUUAUAACAGUAUUACGGUC